AUUUCUCACAUCAAAAUAUUGUAACAAUAAUGUCAAUAAUAGAAAGUACUCAAAAGACAAACCUCAGAUCUUUCAAUGAAAAAACAAACAAAAACAUUUUCAUCUUUCUAUUCUUCUCUCUCUCAUAACCCACCACGUUGUGUUCCUCUCAUUGAAAGCGAAGUCUUCUGAAGUUGCUGCAAGUGUGAAGGUGAAGAAACCAAAUUUAAACUAACAACAGAAAGAUUUGGGCUUUUCUUUAAUCUGCAGCAAAAUUUUCAAUAAUUUUAUUGGUUUUUGACAUUGUGGGUAUUUAUAAAUCAUUGAAAUUCGAUCUGGGUGUCUUCAACUGAAAUGGGUUGACAUAAUUUUGGUCGUGGAAUUUGAUCUUUCACUUGGGAAAAAAUGGCGCUUUUUAGAAAGUUUUUCUACCGGAAGCCUCCUGAUGGGUUGUUGGAGAUUGCAGAAAGGAUAUAUGUCUUUGAUUGCUGUUUUACAACGGAUGUGGUGGAGGAUGAUCAUUAUAAAGGCUACUUUGGUGGAAUAGCUAGUCAACUUCGUGAUCACUUGCCUGACGCUUCAUUCAUGGUGUUCAACUUUCAUGAGGGAGAGAAUCAGAGCCGGAUCGGGAAUAUAUUGUCGGAGUAUGACAUGACUGUUAUAGAUUAUCCUCGGCAAUAUGAAGGUUGUCCAGUGCUCACAUUGGAGAUGGUCCAUCAUUGCCUGAAAUCUGGUGAUAGCUGGCUUUUACUUGGUCAACGUAAUGUGCUUUUAAUGCAUUGUGAACGAGGCGGUUGGCCUAUUUUGGCUUUCAUGUUAGCUGCACUUUUAAUCUAUAGAAAGCUUUAUAAUGGGGAACAGAAAACAUUGGAUAUGAUCUACCGACAAGCUCCUCGCGAGCUUUUGCAGUUGAUGUUCCCAUUGAAUCCAAUUCCCUCGCAGUUGAGAUAUCUUCAAUAUGUAUCUAGGAGAAACUUGGACUCAGAAUGGCCCCCUCCCGACAGGGGCUUGACUGUGGACUGUAUAAUGCUUAGGCUUAUCCCUAAUAUUGAUGGAGUGGGCGGUUGCCGACCUAUUCUUCGAAUCUAUGGACGGGAUCCUUCACCUGGUUCUGACCAGACUCCUAUUGUGCUGUUUUCAACCCCCAAAAAAAGUAGAGUUGUUCGGCAAUUCAAGCAGGCAGAAAGUGAACUGGUCAAGAUUGAUGUUCACUGUCGUGUUCAAGGUGAUGUGGUGCUUGAAUGCAUAAGCUUGGAUGAAGACUUGGAACGUGAGCAGAUGAUGUUCCGGGUUAUGUUUAGCACAUCAUUCAUUAGAUCAAAUAUUCUGAUGCUUAAUCGUGAUGAGAUCGAUACCUUGUGGGAUGACAAGGAUAAAUUUCCGAAAAACUUCAGAACCGAGGUUCUUUUCUCAGAGAUAGAUUCGGCAACCGAUGAGACGUCUAUUGAUUUGCCAGUUAUCGAGGAGAAAGAUGGCCUUCCUAUUGAAGCUUUUGAAAAGGUGCAAGAAAUUUUCAGCAGUGCAGAUUGGAUGGAUUCAAAGCCUGAGGUAGCACUGGAUGUUCUUCAUAAAAUAUCGUCAUCAAAAAUCCUCAAAGAGAAACUGGAGAGUGCUACGCUUCCGAAAGAUAGUAAGAUCGAAUCUAUUUGUGAAGUGCUUCAGGAUAGUUUAAAAUCGCAAGUCGUGGAAGACAACAUCAAGAAUUCUCUACUCGGAAGCCUAGAGAAGCCAACCAAGCCCUCUCUAGAAACAACAUUAGAUGCCAAGCUUUCCGGACGAAAGACGGAUGCUCAUGAAGAAGUUGGUCCAUCUGACAUGUCAGAAAAUCGGGAUCUUCUAGAAGCAAAGAAAAAGGUUACAGCUUCUGUAACGAAGGCCUUGGAGAAGCUCUCGAAACAAUCCGUUGGACCUUCUAUAGAUACAAAUGUAAUUCCGAAGAAGGCUCAACCCGAGGACUUGCUUCCUGCUCUUAAGCAAGCUGCUCAAACAAAGAUUAUCUCCCCACGUAUACUUCAGUCUUCCCGUUCGAGUUCUGGCUUAUAUAACAAUCCCUUGCAAGUUUCACCAAAAUCCAUGCAAAGAUUUCAUAGUUCACCGUCAGCACUUGGGAUUACUGCGCUUUUGCACGAUCAUGUGACGUUCAAGAGUGAUGCCAUUGCACAUUCAGAGACAAUUUCACCUGAACCAUUGUCUACUUCAGGCUCUUUUGUUCCUGACGUACAUAGAUCUGAACAGCUUUCAUCAUUUGCACGACCCCAGCGUCUAGCCUCUCCACCACCUCCACCUCCACCUCCCUUGCGACCUAUACGUACAGAAUCUCUUUUUGCAGAGCCUUCUAUGCUUGAAAAACCAUUGAUAUUGCCAAUUAGCCACCCUUCUUCAAUGUCAACAUCAGGUUCUUCCGAGUCAUCAGCAUUACAUCCUUCUCCAUCGGUAACUCUUCCAUCUUCUGAUUCGACCGUGGGAUCAGUUAAGGAUUUUACUCUUCAUACGGACACUGCACCUUCGUUUAGAAGCUCAAGGACCUCUGUUCCUCCUCCCCCUCCUCCUCCACCUUUUGCACAUCCUUCUAUAGUAAGUGUAGUGAGUUCGAUAUCAGCACCUUCUCCUCCCCCUCCCCCUCCCCCUCUACCCUCUUGUGUCCAAUCCCCUCCAAAUACUAGAGUUCAAUUGUCUGCACCACCACUGCCACCGCCACCUCCACCUCCACCUUCAACUUUUGAAUUGCAGUCUCAAUCUUCUAAUGCUAGGAGCUCACAGUUAGACCCUCCUCCUCCUCCUCCUCUGUCUCCAGUUAAAGCACCUCCUCCCCCUCCUCCUCCUUUGCCCGCAGGCAAAGCUCCUCCUCCUUUACCCGCAGGCAAAGCUCCUCCCCCGCCUCCUCCUCUGCCCACAGUCAAAGCUCCUCCCCCACCUCCUCCUCAUUCUAAAGUAGCUGGCUCAACUGGCUGUUCUCAACAGUCUACUAUAGUGCCUUCACCCCCACCUCCUCCUAAAGUUAUCUCAACCCAUGUUGGGCCCAAAAGUUCUUCUAAAGCUCCUCCUGUGCCGCCCUCACCAGCAUUUAAUGGAAAACGACUGUCUAAAUCUAAUAGUUCUGCUCAAGAUUCUCAACUGGCUGGUAGUAGUGGCCCUGCUCCUCCACCCCCUGGACCUCCUAACUUGAAGGCAAGGGACCCUCCUCGUGUUACUCCAAGGAAUCAGGCUCAAUCAAGAAAGAAUAAUCUGAAGCCAUAUCAUUGGUUAAAGAUAACAAGGGUCAUGCAAGGUAGCUUAUGGGCAGAGACUCAGAAACCAGAAGAGGCUUCCAAAGCUCCGGAGUUUGAUAUGUCAGAACUUGAGACCCUAUUUGCAGCAGCUGUUCCGAGUUCUGAGAAGGGUGCUGGAGGGCAAUCAAGGAGUCGUGCUUCAGGGUCGAAAUCUGAUAAAGUUCAGCUGAUUGAGCUUAGGAGGGCUUACAAUUGUGAGAUAAUGCUAACCAAAGUGAAAAUUCCCCUGCCUGAUUUAAUGAAUUUAGUACUUGCUUUGGAUGAUUCAGCUUUGGAUGUUGAUCAGGUUGAAAACCUUAUAAAGUUCUGUCCAACGAAGGAAGAAAUGGAGCUACUGAAGGGAUACAAGGGUGAUAAAGAAAAUUUAGGGAAAUGUGAACAGUUCUUUUUAGAGUUGAUGAAAGUGCCAAGAGUGGAAUCAAAACUUAGAGUUUUUGCAUUUAAGAUACAAUUUAAAACCCAGGUAUCUGAUCUUAGAAAGAAUUUACAGAUAGUGAAUUCUGCGUCGGAAGAGAUCAGAUCUUCGGUGAAGUUGAAAAGAGUCAUGCAAACAGUUUUAUCCUUGGGCAAUGCAUUAAACCAAGGGACUGCAAGAGGUGCUGCUGUGGGAUUUCGACUGGAUAGCCUCCUUAAACUCACUGAUACUCGUUCUCGGAAUAACAAGAUGACCCUCAUGCAUUACCUUUGCAAGGUUCUUGCUGAAAAGUUGCCCGAAGUUUUUGAUUUUCCGAAAGACUUGGUUAAUCUGGAGGCCUCAACAAAGAUCCAACUUAAGAUAUUAGCGGAGGAAAUGCAAGCUAUUAGCAAAGGGAUAGAAAAGGUUGUUCAAGAGCUAACUGCGUCGGGAAAUGAUGGCUCUGUUUCAGAUGAGUUUUGCAAGAUUUUGAAGGCGUUUCUUUCUUACGCAGAAGGUGAAGUGAGAUCUUUGGCGACACUUUAUUCUAUUGUGGGAAGGAAUGCUGACGCUUUGGCUAUGUACUUCGGUGAAGAUCCUAUAAAGGUCCCAUUUGAACAAGUUGUAUCGACCUUGUUGAACUUCGUUAGGAUGUUCCAUCGUGCAAAUGAUGAGAACCGCAAACAACUCGAGUUUGAAAAGAAAAAGGCAGAGAAAGAAGCCGAGAAAGAAAAAUCAAAGAUUGCUGGAGUCAAGGAUUCCGAGCACCCUUUUUCACCCCUCAAAAGAUUGGAUCCGUGAAAUGACAAGCAAUCUAUACGUAGUUCAACCCAAAGCUCUUUUACACAAUCCACAAAUCUGUCGGAACAACCAAACAACGACAGGGAAGCUGAUGAGAUAGUUCUCGCUGUAACGACACAUAGCUUAUAUCGAAAAUGUACAGCAUAAUUCUUUUAUAGUUAGAUGCAUAGAUCAUACAGCCAGUUUAUCUUUUCUCGAACGCGUUAUGGGUUAUUUUAGAGCUGUAGCUGUAAACAUACCCAUCAUUUUUGGGUACCAUUCUUUGAAGAAUGUGAUAUAUGAGGGACUUCAGUUUUUCAUAGUCCCUAUACUAUGAGGCAUUUGUAACUGAUGAGCUUCAUAUUUGAUGUAGAAAACUAUGUAAGGGGUUUUUUCCGACCAAAAGAGCCAUUUUUUUUAUUGUCCAUU